GAUUUUCAACUGAAGGAUUGCAUAACGAGUGAAUAUGGAAACAAGUCAUUGGUUAAAUAUUGGAAUUCUUAAGUAAUCACGUUGGAUAAUAUGCAGUUCCUUUACUGAUCACUGUUAUCUGGAGGAAUCACAUUUGGAAUCUAGCUUGGCCGGAUUACUGCAAGUUUUUUGCCACCUUUAAAGAUUUUACACUAAGGAUUUUCAGACAUGGGUGACAUGAAUAAUACAGUGAAGUAUCUUCCAAGGAAAGCAAUAGAUGAUCACGAUGAAGGGCAGUUUGGUUGCACACUUAAAGAGCUCCGUGAUCUUAUGGAACUGCGAUCUAUAGAGGCUGUGCACAAAAUAGAAGAGUGUUACGGAGAUGUCGAAGGACUUUGUACAAGAUUGAAAACUUCACCUGUGGAAGGACAACUGGAUGACUCAAAGCUAAAAUCCAAAUUCCGGUAAUAAGGAAGACUAGUUGGAUGUUGGCCUUCAAAAGGAAUGGGAUAUAAAAGGU